AUGCCUCGUGCUGAGAAGGAGGAUGCGAACGAGUUCCAUGUCGAUUUUGAGGAGAACACCAAGAUAAUUCCACAAGACGGUAUGCUGUCAUUAUCACCCGUUUCUAUUCACGACGGCCAGGUCACCGACAUCACCGAAAACGUCUUGAAGAAAGCCCACAAGUCGAUUGUACAAGAAAUCGGGCCACCCCCAAAAGUACCAACUGGACCAGCUGCUGAUCGUGGACGCCUCAAAAUGUACCGACCGGGGCGUGCCAAUCCUACAAAACUGGGCCGUAUCACAAUCAACGGGGAACACAAGCGCCAUCUGGAAAUCACCAAAUGGCUCUGCAUGCAAGCCACCAAGGUCCAUGGCGAAAUCAGCGCAAGAAGCGGAAGCAGGGCAAAUAUUCUGUGCCGAAGGAUAUUUCUGACAUGUGGUCGUGGGUUCGAUGCGUUCAAAGCUCGUGGCUACCGUGGUACACUGAGGGCCUUGCAUAACCGACGUCGCCUCUGGAGCUUCUUUUCCAAGAUCAUAGAGGAAUACCUGCCUCUCUCAAAACAGCGUAGUGCUCCGAAGCCCAAGGCAGAGUCUUUGCCCCAGGUCUCCAAGUCAACCUCAACUCCCAUGGCGUCAACUUUAGUACCUAAGAGCACGCCCACGGCAAUAGACUUCUUCAGAAGACCUUUGAAAGGUAGCAAACCUUGGCCCUGCGACCCCAAUGAGCUGAGGAACAAGUCCCCGAUCCAAGCGCGUUCUGGAGAAUCUGGCUCUUGCCGCUCGUAA